UCCGCAUCAAAAUAAAGUAAUAAAAUAACGGCAGCUUCAGAGGGCUGAAGCCUGAAAUCGACGCUGUUAUCUUCAUGGCUUUCACGGAUGACGGCGGCUUUGUUUCGUCGCCGGAUAUGGAAAAGUUCCUCUGUGAAUUAUUACUGGAUUCCACGCAACUGAUUUCUGAGCGCUUCAGGGCUCUCUUCUCUCUCCGCAAUCUCAAAGGCCCUUCCGCUCGUAACGCCCUCAUUCUCGCCACAAGGGAUUCUUCAAAUUUGCUGGCGCAUGAGGCUGCAUUUGCACUGGGUCAAAUGCAAGAUAUGGAGGCCAUCCCAGCUUUAGCAUCAGUUUUAAAUGAUCUUUCUUUGCAUCCCAUUGUUCGCCAUGAGGCCGCUGAAGCUCUUGGUGCUAUCGGUUCGGAUAGUAAUGUUUCUCUGCUGAAGAAUAGUUUGGAUUUAGAUCCAGCUCAGGAGGUUCGAGAAACAUGUGAAUUGGCUCUUCAACGUAUUGAGCAUUUGAAAGAUGCUAGCGGUAGUUAUGAGUUGUCUGAAACUGGUAUAUCACCUUUUAGGUCUGUUGAUCCAGCGGCACCAGCUGCCUCAUGUUCUUCUGUGGAUCAAUUAAGGAAAGUACUUCUUGAUGAAGGAAAAGGAAUGUAUGAACGGUAUGCAGCUCUUUUUGCCCUUCGAAAUGAUGGUGGGAAGGAAGCUGUUACUGCCAUAAUUGAUUCCUUGGGUUCAAAAAGUGCCCUUUUUCGCCAUGAGGUUGCUUAUGUUUUGGGCCAAUUACAAGACAAAGCUGCGUCCGCUGCACUAUCUAAUAUGCUUAAGGAUGGGGAUGAGCAUCCAAUGGUUAGACAUGAAGCUGCCGAAGCUCUUGGUUCAAUUGCAGAUGACGGGAGCGUAGCACUUCUUGAGGAAUUUGUGGCAGAUCCAGAGCCUCUUGUCUCACAAAGCUGUCAAGUUGCUCUGAGUAUGCUGGAAUUUGAACGAUCGGGGAAAUCGUUUGAGUUCCUCUUCAUGCGCACGCCUCUUGUUGAAUAGAUUUAUCAAGUCACAUUUUCUUAUGGUGUCUUUCGUCAUGCCAAUACUUGAAAAAUAAGUUGAUGCACGAGAUGACCAGUGAAAAAAAAAAAAAGGAGAAACAAAAUUUGUAGGAUUUCUGACGGAGGAGUGAUACUUUUUCUCAAGUUAAAAUUUGCAAAUUAUAAUUGUUGAAGAUAGGAAAUGAAUAGUCUUGUAUGAACAUAUAUAAUAUACUAGGGUUUUGACCACUAAACAGUGUUUUUGCUCCUUGAAUGUGGAUCUGUCACUCAUCAGAUUGCGGUUGACAUGUAAUUGAGAUUAUGUGCUCCUUCUAAGGUAUGGUGAUUCUGGGGUUGCAAAGCAGCUCAUGUUGAAAGAAUAUGUCUCUCUUGAGAGUCAUUUUCACUGAGGAGUGAGGACUGAGUUUAUCUUUCAUAUUUGCUAAUAUAUCUCUUCUUUGUUCA